AUGGCAGAAAUGGAGCAGACAACUGAAGAAAUGGUGGAAGAGGAGCCCAUGGAGGAGGACUCUCUGCUGACGAACGAUCCGGAUGACGCCGAAAUGGUAGACGGAAUGGAUGAAGAGCAGGAGGAAUUCGGUGAAAAGACUAAAAAGAGUAAGAAGAUGAGUCGAGGACGCAAAUCCAAAGGAAGUAGAAGGAGAUCGGAAUAUCCAGACCCGGCAACAGCGUCCUCAGCAGAAAUGUGCACAGCUCUCGAUAUUCAAGAUGUCACUAUCGAAUACAACGAAGAGGACUAUACUACAAUCACUAGUCUAAAGGGUUUCAUCCAUCGAGUGCGGCCGGCUAUUCUGGAAGCGAAUCCAAAGUGUAAUGCCACGAAAGUCUAUCCUUUGAUCCAAGUGAAAUAUCGCGAAUUUCAAGAAGAUCUUGCUGCUCAGGGUCGUACACAAGCUGUGAAGAAGCCAUCCAAGCAGCCAAAACCUCUACCUACCGAGCAAGAUAAACUCGUAGCUCCCAUAAAGAUUCGUAUUUCCGCACGUAAAAAGCGAAGGAACGAUUCGGAUGAAGAAGGCGGUUCGUUAUACUUUAUGCACGAAACACCCUCCAGCUUUGAUGGAGAGGAUGAAGAGGACAAGGAGAAGGAAGAGAAAAAAGCUAGCCGUGCUGCGCAGCGUGCGGAUAGGAAGAAACAAGCUCUUGAGAAAGCACAAGCUUCCAGAAAAGCUAAGCGAGCCAGGGGCGAAGAGGAAGAGAUGGAACACCAGGAUUACUGUGAGGUAUGCAGACAAGGGGGCGAGAUAAUCCUUUGUGAUACCUGUCCCCGAGCCUACCAUACUGUCUGCGUGGAUUCUGAAAUGGAACAAGCGCCUGAAGGUGAGUGGAGUUGCCCUCACUGUGAAGAGCAUGGUCCUCCGCCUCCACCGAAAGACGAAGAGCCGGUGAAAAUCAAUAUGGAGUACUGUCGAGUCUGCAAGGGUACGGGAUCACUCCUCUGUUGUGAUAAUUGCCCCAGCUCAUUCCACGCCUACUGUGUCAAUCCACCCCUUGAAGAGGUACCCGAAGACGAGUGGCUUUGUCCGAGAUGUACUAUACCAGAACCAAAACAGCGACCAGAGAAAAUCCUUUGCUGGAGGUGGAUAGAAAUUCCAUAUCCGGAUCCCAUUGAAGCGAAUCCUGAUCAAGUACAGGAUAAGGACGCUAUUCUGCUCCGUCCACCACGCAAGAUGGAACCACGUAGAGAGAGGGAGUUCUUCAUCAAAUGGAGGUAUAUGUCAUAUUGGCAUUGCGAAUGGGUCAGCGAGACGUUGAUGGAUGUGUACUUCACAGCGGUAUGUUUUCUUCCUGAUGACUUAUGUAUCCUUCAUCUGUUGAUCUCAGUUUUAACAGCCAUCCUAUUUCGAAUGUACUGGCGAAAGUAUGAUAGUGAAAAUCCACCCAUCUUUGACGAAUCGACAGCCCAGCGGCACCACAAGGAUAAUGAUCCUUACGAGCUGCGUGAGAAAUUCUACCAAUACGGCAUAAAACCAGAAUGGAUGCAGGUCCACCGGAUUAUAAAUCAUAUGCAGUACGGGAAAACCCAGUUUGAUUAUCUCGUGAAAUGGAAGGAACUCGCAUACGAGCAAGCCACCUGGGAAAGAGAUGAUAUGGAUAUUGCUUACUAUGAAGAUGCCAUAAACAAGUAUUGGAUACACAGAGAGAAAAUGCUUGGCGAACCAAUUCCUAAGCAUAUCGCCAAGAAAAUUGCUGCUCAGAGAGAGAAGAAAGGGCUCCCGCCUCUUGAGAGUACUGAUGAUCAGCUAAACAAGAAGAAGAAACGUGAUAAGCCCCUCGUUGACAUCCGGAAGAAGUACGAAGUGCAGCCUGAUUACAUCUCAGAAACUGGCGGAACUCUUCAUCCCUACCAACUUGAAGGCAUUAACUGGUUACGGCACUGUUGGUCCAAUGGCACUGACGCUAUUCUUGCUGACGAAAUGGGUCUCGGUAAAACGGUUCAGUCGCUCACUUUCCUAUAUUCUUUGCUGAAGGAAGGCCAUUCGAAAGGGCCUUUCAUUAUUGCUGCGCCUCUCUCAACAAUCAUCAACUGGGAGCGUGAGGCGGAGCAGUGGUGUCCAGACUUCUACGUUGUGACGUAUGUGGGCGAUCGUGAUUCGAGAAUGGUCAUUAGAGAGCAUGAGUUCUCCUUUGUGGAAGGAGCUGUGAAGGGAGGUCCAAAAGCUUCACGGAUGCGAUCACAGGAAAACAUGAAAUUCCACGUUCUUCUUACUUCGUAUGAGUGCAUCAAUAUGGAUAAGGCGAUUUUGUCUUCUAUUGAAUGGGAAGCUCUUGUCGUUGAUGAAGCUCAUCGCUUGAAGAAUAAUCAAUCUACGUUUUUCAAGAAUCUUCGUGAAUACAACAUUAAUUACCGCUUACUGUUGACUGGUACACCACUACAAAACAACCUCGAGGAGUUAUUCCAUUUGCUCAACUUCUUGGCUCCAGACCGUUUCUUCGACUUGGAGUCCUUCACUCUGGAAUUUGCCGAAAUCUCCAAAGAGGAUCAGAUUCAGAAGCUACAUUCAUUGCUGGGUCCUCAUAUGUUACGUCGUCUCAAAGCUGACGUGCUCACAGGGAUGCCCUCCAAGAGUGAACUCAUUGUCCGAGUCGAACUCAGUUCUCUACAGAAGAAGUACUACAAGAACAUCCUGACUCGUAACUUUGACGCUCUGAAUGUCAAAAACGGUGGAUCGCAAAUGUCUCUGAUCAACAUUAUCAUGGAGUUGAAAAAGUGUUGCAACCAUCCUUACCUAUUCGCCAAAGCCAGUAUGGAAGCACCAAAGCUCAAGAAUGGGAUGUAUGAGGGGACACAACUGAUCAAAAAUGCUGGCAAAUUUGUUUUGCUGCAGAAAAUGAUGAGGAAACUGAGAGAAAGUGGUCAUCGUGUAUUGAUAUUCUCCCAAAUGACAAUGAUGUUGGAUAUUCUGGAAGACUUCUGUGAGGUCGAGGGUUACAAGUAUGAAAGGAUUGAUGGAUCUAUAACUGGUCAAGCAAGACAGGAUGCUAUUGAUAGGUUCAAUGCUCCCGGCGCGCAACAGUUCGUCUUCCUCCUUUCUACUCGAGCUGGUGGCCUCGGUAUUAAUCUUGCAACAGCUGAUACUGUAAUUAUUUAUGACUCAGAUUGGAACCCCCAUAAUGAUAUUCAGGCAUUUUCUCGAGCUCAUCGAAUUGGACAACAGAACAAAGUGAUGAUUUACCGUUUCGUAACUAGAAAUUCCGUGGAAGAACGAAUCACUUCGGUUGCGAAAAAGAAGAUGUUGCUCACUCAUUUGGUAGUACGAGCCGGUCUUGGCCAAAAGGGGCCUAGUAUGAGUAAAUCAGAAUUGGAUGAUGUGCUGAGAUGGGGUACGGAAGAAUUGUUCAAAGAUGAUGAACCACCACAAGGAGAGCCAACUGAAGGCGAACCUGGGAAGAAAGCGAACGAGAAUGAAAUCGACAAAGAUGGCGAGAAAAAGGAGCAUUGGACCAACGAAUACCUCAGUUCAUUCAAAGUGGCGACGUAUACCACGAGGGAAACUGACGACAAAGAAGAAGAGGAAGAGGAAGAAAUGGAGGUUAUCAAGGACAACGAUAAGGAGCCUGAUCCCGACUAUUGGGAGAAGCUUCUUCGACACCAUUAUGAGCAAGACCAAGAGAUGGAAGCUCAGAAACUCGGCAAAGGCAAGAGGCUGCGCAAGCAGCAGCAAAACAACGAUGACGAUGACCUCUCUUCGUAUGACGGUGGUUCCGAGAAGGCGUCAGGUGAACACUCUGACGAUGACUUCGAAGGCAUUGGAGGAGAGAAGAAGAAAAAACGAGAACGUGAUGCUGAGAAGCUCCCACCACUCCUUGCAAAAGUCAAUGGCCAACUGGAAGUCCUUGGUUUCAAUCCCAGGCAGCGUCGAGCAUUCUACAAUGCAGUUAUGCGCUGGGGAAUGCCUCCACAAGAUGCUUAUCAAUCACAGUGGCUUGAAUUCGAACAAGUGAAUGGUGAGUGGUCGAUGCCAGAGAUGCGUACGAAAGUUUUGGAAGCAGCCGGUGCAAGCGCGGUGAAGACCACGUCGUCAUCAAAAGCCAGCAGCCGGGAACAGAGUGUUGCUCCAGAAGAUCGAAAAGAAGAUAGCAGUGAAGUUCCUACUGAAGCACCAGAAUCGGUGAAGACGGAAGCCGAAGACACGGCAUCGACUGCUCCAGAUUCGAAAGAAGAUUCCAAUGCAACUUCGGCUGUCGAAGAAGAAAGUGAUGGAACUACGAAAAAAGGCGGACGCCCUCCGUUCAAGUUCAACAUGGCUGAAAAUCUUGUGUUCAUUAGUCCUUAUGGUGCCUCUUUCGAAUUUAUCAAAUGUUAUUUAACAGCUGAUAGUGACCAAGAAUUCGAAUCUCUCUUGAAACAGCACGAACACCAGCUUGAUGAAGAGGACAAGGAGAAGGAAGAGAAAAAAGCUAGCCGUGCUGCGCAGCGUGCGGAUAGGAAGAAACAAGCUCUUGAGAAAGCACAAGCUUCCAGAAAAGCUAAGCGAGCCAGGGGCGAAGAGGAAGAGAUGGAACACCAGGAUUACUGUGAGGUAUGCAGACAAGGGGGCGAGAUAAUCCUUUGUGAUACCUGUCCCCGAGCCUACCAUACUGUCUGCGUGGAUUCUGAAAUGGAACAAGCGCCUGAAGGUGAGUGGAGUUGCCCUCACUGUGAAGAGCAUGGUCCUCCGCCUCCACCGAAAGACGAAGAGCCGGUGAAAAUCAAUAUGGAGUACUGUCGAGUCUGCAAGGGUACGGGAUCACUCCUCUGUUGUGAUAAUUGCCCCAGCUCAUUCCACGCCUACUGUGUCAAUCCACCCCUUGAAGAGGUAGCAUAA